CCGAUCCGGUGUUGCAAGUCUCUUUGAACAAAAAAGACACCAUGGCUUCCUCAAGCAGCCGUGUGUUUGAAGUGGAUCGGGCCACAACCGUCAUCAAUGCUUCCAACAAGAGAAUCUACCUAGCUCUUGAAGCCAUGCAAGCCUUGCACAUUGGCACCGGCGAUCUGAUCACACUUGAAAGCGAUCAACAAGACACUCACAUAUCCGUGGGCGUUGCGUGGCCGUCAUUGACAUUGAAGUCUGACUUGGUUCAGCUGAGUCCCGCCACGAUGCUCAGCUGUCAGUGUGAAAUUGGCGACAAGAUUCAUAUCCACAAAUUUCAGGGGGUGCAAGCGGUAGCAACCUCAAUUCACAUCAAACCGCUGGCAACCCUCGAUUAUCCCGUCAAUACCAUGCUCAUCGAUUACAUCAAAGAAACCCUGAUCCAAGGCAAAUAUGUCAAUGUACAACAUAUAUUUGAGAUCUCGUAUCACGGAAAACCGCGACGAUUUAUGGUUGAGCGUAUCAAUGACAGCGCCGUUCAGGAACCCAGUCUGAUUUACGAAAUAGUCCGUCCGACAAAGUUGCAUAUGGACAAUCUACCGCAAACAACGUCUCCAAAUAAGUCGGCUACCGAAUCAUCAACGAACAAGGUCACGUAUGAGCAUAUCGGUGGAUUGUCGGAACAAAUCAAGAUUGUGCGGGAAAUGGUCGAGACUCCAUUACAGAAUCCAGAGCUUUUCUUACAGUACGGACUGCGACCACCGCGCGGUAUUCUGCUGUACGGACCCCCUGGUACGGGUAAAACCUUGAUAGCUCGUGCUGUUGCUCAAGAAACGGGCGCGCACUCCAUUGUCGUGAACGGACCGGAGAUUGUCAGUAAAUUUUACGGCGAAACGGAGCAAAAGCUGCGUGAUCUGUUUGACGAAGGAGCAAGACGAGCGCCGACGAUUAUUUUCAUCGAUGAAAUUGAUGCGUUAUGUCCAAAGCGCGACGAGGCGCCAAGUGAGCUUGAAAAGCGUGUGGUGACGACCCUUUUAACCUUGAUGGACGGUGCUUCCGAAACCAAGCAGUCAAAGAACGACCGAAUCGUGGUCAUUGGCGCAACUAAUCGUCCCAAUGUUUUGGACGAAGCUCUUCGUCGUCCCGGUCGAUUCGACAGAGAAGUAGAAAUAGGAAUUCCCAACAGCGAUGCCCGAUUAUCCAUUUUAUCGACAAUCAUGCGCAGUAUACCUCACACCAUCAGUACGGACGAUAUGGCCAUCCUGGCCGGUAAAUCUCAUGGCUACGUCGGCGCGGAUCUGGCGGCCGUUUGUCGUGAAGCUGGAUUGAAAUGCAUCAAACGAUGCGCACGACAAUCAGACUCGGUCGAUCUUCGCGUGAGUAUGGAGGAUAUGCAAGAAGCCAUGGGCGAAAUCCGACCAAGUGCAAUGCGAGAGAUUUUGUUGGAAGUGCCCAAGGUGUAUUGGAGUGAUGUCGGCGGUCAAUCGGAAAUCAAACAACGAUUAAAAGAAUCGAUCGAAUGGCCUCUUCAGCAUCCAGAAGCUUUUGAACGACUGGGCAUCCGACCGCCCAAAGGCAUUCUUUUAUACGGACCACCCGGUUGCAGUAAAACUCUGAUGGCCAAAGCACUGGCCACAGAAGCCGGUUCGAAUUUUAUCGCUGUCAAAGGGCCCGAGUUGUUCAGCAAGUGGGUGGGUGAAUCUGAAAAAGCCGUCCGCGAAGUAUUCCGAAAAGCACGAGCGGCAUCGCCAUCCAUUGUGUUCUUUGACGAAAUUGAUGCGUUAACGGUGAAGCGUGGCGGCUCUGGGGAUGGUGGAACCUCGGUGGCCGACCGUGUUCUUUCACAGUUACUGAACGAACUGGACGGUAUUGAGCCACUGGUGAAUGUCACUGUGGUCGCGGCAACCAACCGACCUGAUAUUAUUGAUUCGGCCUUAUUACGUCCGGGACGCAUUGACCGGAUCCUGUAUGUGGGACCGCCGGAUAUCGAGUCGCGUUGUGAAAUUUUUAAAAUUCAAUCAAGGAAAAUGACAUGUGACAGUGAUGUAGAUAUCCAAGAAUUGGCGGCCAUGAGUGAAGGCUGUUCCGGUGCCGAAGCAGUAGCGAUAUGCCAAGAAGCUGCACUUUUGGCAAUGGAAGAAGAUACGGAGAUAGAUUCGAUUAAACGACGCCAUUUUCUUAAAGCGUUAUCAUCAUUCACGCGUCGCAUCACCCCAGAGAUGCUUCAGUUCUAUGCCGACUUUCAGAAGCGAUCCGGGCUUCGAAGCUUGUAAAUAAAAACUAUAAGAAUUUGUACACCUUUUGGUAGAUCACGGCCUCAAGCUGGAUUUGUUCCAUUCAUAUACAAAGUGUAGAUAGCGGAAAAAGUAUAGAGUCAUCUUAGACGUGCAUGUUUUGCGUCAUGGAUAAAACAAAUAGGCGAAUCCGCUCAGCGAUGGGUCAUCUGAUCGGAGCAGAGGUGCUGGGCUUUGUGCAUUGACUGACGAUUCCGGGAUAAGGCAAGGUGGCGGGCUGAAUCCGAAAAGGGAUGGACGGUGUCACCUGGGAAAUUCGCAGCCGAGUGUCAAGAACCCAAAUUGGGCGCCGACCGUCG